GUUUGCCAAACUGUCAAAGUCGCGGCGUUGUUUUCAAUGUGUUUUCACCGCUUUUUCUGCGCUUUCCAGUGAAAAUUCUCGUGGAAAAUGCUGAAGAGAGUGUGGGGAAACACUUGCCGGAUGUGUCUGGAGAACAAGAUCCAGUGCAUCGACACAGAUGUUCCGGGAACGUUUAAGGAUUAUGUGUCAACAAUAUUGUUAGAGAUUUUCCAAAUUACAAUUGUUCCUGAGGAGAAUCUGCCGCAAGAGGUGUGCUUUGACUGCUUCGCAAAGUCCAACUCUCUGUGGCAAUUCCGGCAGCAAGUGAUUGAGAAUCAACAGUUGUUGCUUCAGCAGGUCCCGGAAAGUGCUGUUGUUGCCAUAGAGGAGUCAGAUUAUGUGGAGUCAGAGGAGUAUCCGGGCGAGGAGGAGCUUGAUGAUGGUGUGUUGAAGGAGGAAUAUGGGAUUGACGAGGAGACUGCAAUUGAGGAGGAUAUUAUUGUCGAGGAGCCUUGGGAAGAGGAUUACAGCUUGGCAGAGGAAUCUGCCAUUCAGGCGGAUGUUAUGGAGCUGAUUGAAGAGUCUGCAGAUGAGGCGCCGCCAGUGCAGGAGGAGUUGAUUGAGAAGCCGACGGAGGAACAGCAAUCAAAGAAGCGAAAGUGGGAGAAAAAUCCAAAUGUUGACAGUGUUCUUCUCGAGCACUUUCCCCAAUUGGCCACUGUCGUCUGUCCGCUGGACAACAUGAGUUGGUCAGAGAAGGAUGAACUGCUGAGGGAAUUUGUGAAGCUGAAGUGCAGAGAUUGCGACAGUGCGCAAGCAUUUUCCACCUUCGACGACUUGCAGGAUCACUACAGACUGAAGCACAGAGAGAAGCGCUGCAUCGUGGAGUGCUGUGGGAAGGAUUUCUCUCGCAGGGAUCUGCUGUACGCUCAUGUGGUGGUUCACAAGUAUCCCGAUGCGUUCUCCUGCUUCGUGUGCAAGCGUCAAUUCAAGGGCAAGGAGCUGUUGAAGAAGCAUCUCUUCACGCAUCUGCCGUACGAACUGCGGCCGCUGCAGUGUGAGAAGUGUGACAAGAAGUUCCUGGCCAACAAUCAGCUGCGCCUGCACAUGCUGGGCCACACGCAGGAGCGACGCAAGUCACCGGCGAAACGGCGCAGCUUCCCGGGCAUCACCUGGGCGGAGGGCGAGGAGACCGUGGAGGAGGAAGUGAUGGACGAUGGCACGGAGAUGUACAAGAGUAUCAUUGACAACAAGAUGAGAAUGUACGACAAAGAUCGCGCAAUCUACGAACACUUCCCCGACUUUGACUACAUCGGCUCCACAUCAGCGUCCGUGCCGCUGGAGGAGCGAGAUGAGGUGAUAAGGCGCUUCGUGACGCUUCAGUGUCAAGAGUGCGACGCCCGGCCGACUUUUCCCACCUUCGAGAUGCUUCAGGAUCACUACGCCGAGCAGAAUCACACCAAUCAACCGUUCGUGGUGUGUUGCAACAAGAACUACUAUCGCAAGGUGAAUCUCAUCAACCACAUCACCUUCCACGUGAAUCCCAACGUGUUCGCGUGUCCCGUGUGCGCGCAUCAGUCGAAGAGCAAGGAGCUGCUGAAGAAGCACCUGUACACGCACCUGCCCAAGGCCGUGCGGCCGCUGGAGUGCGCUCAGUGUGGCAAGAAGUACGUGACGAAGGCGCAACUGCGACUCCACGUCGCCAGUCACGUGCGGAAGGAGGACAGAUCGCACGAGUGUCCGGAGUGUGGCAAGAAGUUCGCCUACGACUUCGCCCUGGAAACCCAUCGACGAUCACACAGACGCGUGCCGGAUUAUGUGUGUGAGAUCUGCGCCAAGACAUUCACGGGAAAGAGCAACUAUCAGGACCACAAGAUGCGCCACCACGAAAUCCCCGAGCCUGUUGUGUGUCCGAUUUGUGAGAACACGUACAAGAACAAGAUCAGCCUGCGAAGUCACAUGGCAUUGCACACGGAUCUCCGCGAGCACAAAUGUGAACAGUGCCAGAAAACCUUCACGGCCAGAGCUGGUCUUCUGGCGCACAUUCGCUUCGUGCAUUCGGAGCAGUUUCUCUACCACUGCAACAUUUGCAAGAAGAAGCUGCGCACCAAAUCGGAUCACAAGGAUCACAUGGCAAAUCAUCUCGGCCAGCCGAUGUAUCACUGUGAAUUCUGUCUCAAGUCCUUCACGGCGCGCUCAUAUUACUUCGCACACAGGAAGAAGGCGCAUCCCGAGGAGCACGCGAAGCUGCCCAAGAAGCAGAAGUUUCACGUGGAGAACUGAAAAUACAUUUGCGUGCUCUUUGUCA